GAGUUGAGGAGGACGUGCAUCCCACAUUCUCAUCACGCGCACUCGACCCCACCCAAACAAAACCCUAAUUCCCAAGACCGACACCACGCACCACCACCUCCCCCAUUCAUCAUUUCAUUUCGUUUCAUCUCUAUCUCCAAUUCUCAUCCCAUCUAAUUUUUCAGAGAGAGAAAGACAGAGAGAACCUUGUAGUGAGAGAAACUAAAAGAAAGAAGGAGAGAAGGAACCCAAAGCUAGCUAGCUUCCCCUAGACAGUCUUUGACCUUGACACCCACCCAAACCCUACCCAAGUUAAUUCAUCCCCAAAAAACCCCAACUUUUAAGUUAAUUCUUCCUCAUUUGAUGUUUAUAUCUUCGUCGUACCUGAUCAGACCUCUCUUACACUUCACUCUUGUUAAUGACCCAGCUAGGGCUCUCUGAAUUUUCUUCCCCAUUUCUUUACCCUACCUCUUCAAGCUCUUCUUAUAUAUCUAGAUUUCCUGUUUAUACAGAUCACACUUUCUUUAUAUAAUCAACCAGCUUAAUUAUAUCACUUCUAAUCUUCUACUUGUCUCUUUUCCUUUAUUUUAUAAAUUUAUAUAUAUUACUAUACUAUCUUCGUUCUUCCCUCCUCCUUUUUCUACUUUUCAUUUUGAUUUUUUCAAUCGAUCAUGGCGAACCGUUGGUGGGCUGGACAGGUAGGCCUACCGGGAGGAGGAGUAGUGAACGAAACCUCAGCCGUAGCAGGUGCCGGCAGCUCCCCCAUGAAAAACCUCAUGAAACCAGAUCUGGGGAUCUCCAUGAACACCACAGGAACCAGCAGCCUCGGAGGAUCCGGCGGUGACGAAGACGACAACAACAGCGAUGAUCCCAAGGAAGGAGCCAUCGAAGUCGCCACAAGACGACCUAGAGGCCGCCCCCCCGGCUCCAAAAACAAGCCCAAACCCCCAAUCUUUGUGACUAGAGAUAGCCCUAACGCCCUCCGCAGCCACGUCAUGGAGAUAUCCAGUGGGGCCGACAUCGCCGACAGCGUCGCCCAGUUCGCCAGGAGAAGGCAGCGCGGCGUCUGCGUCAUGAGUGGGAGCGGCACCGUCAUCAACGUCACGCUCAGGCAGCCGUCCGCGCCCGGCGCGGUCAUGGCGCUUCACGGGAGGUUCGAGAUUUUGUCCUUGACUGGAGCGUUUUUGCCUGGCCCUGCACUGCCUGGUUCAACCGGGUUGACCAUAUAUUUGGCAGGCGGGCAGGGCCAGGUUGUUGGAGGAAGCGUGGUUGGCCCCCUUGUGGCUUCAGGGCCCGUGAUGGUGAUCGCGGCAACGUUUUCUAAUGCGACGUAUGAGAGGUUGCCAUUGGAGGAGGAAGAAGAGCAAACAGGAGGGGGUACUAGUUCGGGGACUGCAGCGGGAGGUGCGGGGUCGCCGCCGGGGAUUGGAGGUGGUGGGAUGGGAGACCCGGCGGGAUUGGCAGGGGUUUAUAAUUUGCCAUCGAAUAUGCUUCCGAAUUUGAGCCUUGAUCAGCAGGCAGCUUAUUCAUCUUGGGCUCAUGGUCAUGGAGGUGGUAGGCCUCCAUUUUAAAUCAAUUUAAUAAUUUUAGGGUUUAUGGAUUAUUGUGAAUUAAUUAGGAAUAAAAUUGAGAAGUGAGUGUUUAGUAGUAGUAGUACUACUCUUUGAAAUUAACUCACUUUGAGAGGAAGAAUGAAACUGGAAAUUAUUGAGGUACUUAAACUUCAUUUAUUUGUGUUGUGCUUUGUA